AUGGAGGACGAAAAGCUCAUCAGACUUCAUGACGUCCUCUCCAAGCUUCGUCCUGGUGGUAAAAAGGGUGGCCUUGGUUUCGCGUCGUUAGGUGGACGGAAGGGAGUCAAGCGUUCAGAUGGACUGCCGAACAAUGGACUGUAUUCCAUGUUUGUACGCCAAGGUGAAGGUGGUUACCAGCACAAGCACUGGGAGGAAGAGAAGGAAGUUGACAUCGAAGUGACUAAGAAGAAGAGGAAAAAGAAAACCAAGCCAAUCGAAAGCAGCGAGAGCGAGACGGAGGAGUUUCUAGAGAAGAAGAAUAAACGUCUAAAGAAGGAGAAAAAAGACAAGAAGAAGGCAAAACGUGCUGCGAGAAAAGCUGUCGUUAACGAGAUUGUUGAGAUAGAGGAAGGUCCUAAGAAGAAGAGCAAGAAGCGGAAACUGGAGCAGGUCGUGGCGGAAGUGGUUGUCGAUGAUAAUGAUAAGGAAGAGGUCGAUAUGGUCAAUGCAGAAGAGAAGCCUAAGAAUAAGAUCCAGAAGAAGAAGGACAAGAAGAAGCGUAAGAAGGUCGCCGAAGAAUCUGAAGAAGAGGAGCUAGCUACGGAUAAGAAAACCUCGAAGGACAAAAAGAAGAAGAAGCACAAGAAGAAGAAGAAGACCAAGCAUUCUGAGUAG